GUUCUUGGGGUUAAAUCAAUUUAAAAAAAGAAAAAAAACAAUCCUUCUGAAAUCGUUGCCGAUUUUGGUGGCUGCACGCAAGGGCCGCCUCCGGCUAUCUUCCAGAAAGGCAGCUGGAUAUUUAUUUAUUUAUUUUUUUGUAGAGACAGAGUUUCACUUUAUCGCCCUCGGUAGAGUGCCAUGGCAUCACACAGCUCACAGCAACUUCCAACUCCUGGGCUUAAGCGAUUCUCUUGCCUCAGCCUCCCGAGUAGCUGGGACUACAGGCGCCCGCCACAACGCCCAGCUAUUUUUUGGUUUGCAGUUCAGCGGGGGCCGGGUUUGAACCCGCCACCCUCGGUAUAUGGGGCCGGCGCCUUACCGACUGAGCCACAGGCGCCGCCCGAUAUUUAUUUUCUUAAGAAUAAGACGAGAGGCUUUGCGCUCAAGAAAAAAAACAUUCAACGAACAAAGAGCCUUUGUUUGGGCCAGGAACCCGGCAGCUAGACCGCUCCUGCGGCGUUCAGAACCCCGCGCACAGCCGGCUUCCGCUCUCGGUCCCCACUUGCAGGCUCCGCCCUGGGCCCGCUACGUUCCCAGCAGGCGCCGCGCGCGCGACAUUGCCCUGCCUCCUACGUUGGGCCCCGCCCCUCGCGGUGCCGGAGACAUGGCGGAGUUGGACGUCGGUCAACACUGCCAGAUGGAGCACUGUCGGCAGCGAGGUGAUCGGGGAGUCCCCUUCCUCGGCCGCGGGAGACCUGGGUCCCGCUUUGACUCAACGGAUGGUGGCGGCGGAUUUUCUUCCAUUUAUUUGUGAUGGUUGUUCGGGAAUAUUUUGCCUUGAACACAGAAGCAAGGAGUCUCAUGGUUGUCCUGAGGUGACUGUAAUCAAUGAAAAACUGAAGACAGAUAAUCAUAAAUCUUACCCAUGCUCAUUCAAGGAUUGUGCUGAAAAAGAACUUGUGGCAGUUCUAUGUCCUUAUUGUGAGAAAAACUUUUGCCUAAGACACCGUCAUCAGUCAGAUCAUGAGUGUGAAAAAUUGGAAAUCCCAAAGCCUCGUAUGUCUGCCACUCAGAAACUUGUUAAAGAUAUUAUUGAUUCCAAGACAGGAGAGACAACAAGUAAACGACGGAAAGGUGCCAAAAAUAGUCAAACAGCAGCAAAGGUUGCAUUGAUGAAAUUAAAGAUGCAUGCUGAUGGGGAUAAGUCAUUGCCUCAGACAGAAAGAAUUUAUUUUCAGGUUUUCUUGCCUAAGGGCAGCAAAGAGAAGAGCAAAGCAAUGUUCUUUUGCUACCGAUGGAGCAUUGGAAGGGUCAUAGACUCUGCAGCCUCUCUCGCCAAUCUCAAAAAUGACAAUAACAAAUUUACAGCUAAGAAAUUGAGGUUAUGUCACAAUACUUCAGGAGAAGCCUUACCCUUGGAUCAAACUUUGGAAACCUGGAUUGCUAAGGAGGAUUGUCCCUUAUAUAAUGGCGGAACUAUUAUCUUGGAAUAUCUUAAUGAUGAAGAACAAUUUUUGAAAGAUGUUGAUUCUUACUUAGAGUAGUUGUUCAGUGAUUCAAGCCAGAAAUGAGAAGGCAACUUACACAUACAUUUUAAGUGAAUGUCUUGUUAUAUAAAUACUAUUAUUUUUAAAAGUUGUGUUUUAGCUUAUUUCCAUUUUGUUACUUUUUACAUUAUCAGUUUUCUAUUAAAUUUGACUUUUUGUGUUGUAAAGUUUUAACUAUCAACUGAAAUUCAAUUAUUAGCGCAUUCUUCUAUUUAAUUAGCUUUCACUAGAUUAUGCUGUAGUAAUAAAAACAGAAGUGUAUUUGCUGAUGGAUUAAUGUCAGCAGUUGAUUGGCUGUUGUACUGUUCCAUAUCAUAUUCAUUUCAGGAUCCCAGGAUUGAAGCUGAAGGAACAACCCCUUUGGGGGACUUUGCUAUUCUUACGGAAGAGGGAGAAGACACGAUAGAAAUUUCAGCCCUGAGAUACAUGAAUUAUUUUUACUUUAAGCAAAUAAUAUGGCCAAGCCUGCCAUCACGGAGAUAAAGUGUGGUUUACUAUCUACUUAAAAUAUGAUGUAUCAGUUGUUGUGUGUACAUGAAUUAUAGAAAUUUAGAGAUUAUCUCAUUCAGUCUUCUAAAAUAUUAAUGAAGAAUGUCAGGCUUAGGAAGGGAAAAUGUUUUUCUAAGUGUCAUCUAUCUUUCUGCAUUGGACAUAUUUCUGAUCAAAGACUUCCUGUAAUAAGAUUCAUCUUUUUUGAUAGUGUGAGUGUAUUAUAAUUUAAAAAAAAAAUGGAUUAUUUCCACUUCAUUACCAUCUGUCUCUAUAUAUAUACCCAGACAAACACAUGCCAA